AUGCUCAAAAUCGAUGUGGAAUUCAUUUCCACCGUCGUCUGGGGCCUGUGCGUCCUGCCCGUGCUCGCGAUUCAUCAGACUCGGCCUGGGACGUAAGUUUGGGAUCGUUUUUUGAGGUGAUAAUAAAGGCUAAUGGUACUUGAAAGUUGUCGCUCGAUGAAUUUCAGAGGUUAUUUUCUCAAUGUGUGAUUGGUCGAUUUUUGAUGAAAUUUUUAGAAAAUUAAUAUUUAGUUAGGAAUGGCACUCAAAAUUUAAAAAUUUCGUUUUUUUCUUCUCGCAUAUAUUCGCGAUGAUUGGAAAUGCCAAAAAUGUCAAAAUCUUACCAUGUUUUGGCAUAUUUAAAAAAAAUUAAAUUCUUCCGGAAGUCCAAAAAAAUGUUGGCAAAAAAGCGCUUUUGUCAUCAACAACUCACCCAAUUUUCGAAUUUUUUUAAAAAUUUUUAGCAGCAACAUGUACCAUAAAAAGUUCGAAAAAUGGGUAUUUUGAGCUCUCUCAAUACUGCUCAAGUCGAUACAAUUUCCGUAUUUUAACAUAUCGAAAUUCAGACCCAGCCAAUGCAUCGUAACUUCGGCGGAGACGUGUUUCGAGCAGCUGUUUGAUAACAUGCCCAUUUGCACGGAGUACGAACUAACCUUUCGCUGUCAUCAUUUCAAAGUCCUCGACAAUUGUUUCCGCAACCACAAGACCAUGUGUGCCCCGAGUACCAUUGGCCAUGUCGCUAAAACUGCCUACCGUCGGAAGCUGGUGCUCUGCGCUCGCCAGAACCAGAAGAAGUACAGGGAAACCUCGGUAAGCUUCUGAGAAUUUGAUUUAUUUGAUUUUAGAGGCUUAGAAAAAACUUGGCAAAUCUGCUUUCCAAAUUUAAGAAAAAAAUUUUUUUGAUUUUUUGACAAAUAUUUUGAGAAAAAAAUUCAAUUUUCCCGCCAAAAAAUGUUUAACUCAAACUUCAAAUUUGAUUAUUUGAUUUUAAAGCCUUCGAAAAAACUUGGCAAAUCUGCUUUCCAAAUUAAAAAAAAAUUUUUUUGAUUUUUUGACAAAAGAAUUCAAAUUUCCCGCCAAAAAAUGUUUUACUCAAACUUUAAAUUUGAUUAUUUGAUUUUAGAAACAUCGAAAAAAAACUUGGCAAAUAUGCUUUCCAAAUUUAAGAAAUAAAUUUUUUCGAUUUUUUGACAAAAAUUUAGAAAAAAAAAAUUCAAAUUUCCCGCCAAAAAAUGUUUAACCCGAACUUUAAAUUUGAUUUAUUUGAUUUUAGAGGCUUAGAAAAAACUUGGCAAAUCUGCUUUCCAAAUUUAAGCAAAAUUUUUUUUUGAUUUUUUGACAAAAAUUUAGAAAAAAAUUUUCGAAUUUCCCGCCAAAAAUGCCUAGCUCAAACUUUUUCAACUUUCAGGCCCGUCGAAAAGUCGUGCCAACGAUUUUCCGACAACAUCCCCCUUCCGAAUUACAAUUCAUAUCGCUCUUUGGCUACCUGCAAACACAAUGUCACACCAGGCCGAAUGAAAACUGCACAAACGAAGAUUACGAUGUUAUGACAAGGAGUUGUGAGGAUGACAUUAGACAGCGGAGUCAUCUGUCAAACUCGGACUUGGAUCGGCAUCAACUUUUGAGGUAGGGAAAACUUUGUCUCUAAUUUUUGAGGUUCCAUUAAAAAAUAUAAUAAGUAUAUGUUCUAUAUAAUUUUGGUGUAAAUUCGUUUGUGCGUGUUUUUCAAUCGUUUGUGGGAAUAUUAUUUGCAGCGAGGAAAACACAAUAUUAUAUAUUUUUCGAAUUGGGAGCGGGGUUUUGACGAGGUUAGGCGCAAAGAAAUAGUACUUGCAUUUUCAUAAAGUGAAUGGGCAUUUGCAUUGUGCAUUUUGCUUUAUUCGAAAAAAUCAAAUUCACUGUGCAGUUGAAUUUUCUUCUUGCACGACGAAAAGUCCAUGCACUUUAUGAAAAUGCCAAAAGUUCUCCCGGAAAGUCGCCGGACUGAAAUCGGCGACACGCACUGUGCGAAAACAAAAUUUUUCUUUGCACUGUGCAAGAAAACUUUAGGCUUUUUCGACUGUCGCUUGCACACUGACUUUUUCGCACAGUGCAAACGCCAAAAAUCAGUUUUCGCACAGUGCAUGUCGCCGGACUGAUUUUUGGCGGCUGCACUGUGCGAAAACAAAAGUUUUCUUUGCACUGUGCAAUAGGCUUUUUUCGAUCGCUCGCACCCUGACAUUUUCGCACAGUGCAAACGCCAAAAAUCAGUUUUCGCACAGUGCAUGUCGCCGGACUGGUUUUUGGCGUUUGCACUGUGCGAAAACAAAAUUUUUCUUUGCACUGUGCAAUUUCCCGUUUUUUGCACUGUGCAAUAAGCAUUUUUGGGCCGUCGCUCGCACACUGAUUCUUUUCGCACAGUGCAAACGCAAAAAAUCAGUCCGGCGACUUUCCGGAAGGUCUAGUAACCAAAUAAUUCGUACAACUCCCUCAAAAAAUCAAGAAACUUGACGUUAUUUUGAGAUUUUGCUGAAUUUUUAGUUGAGAGAAACAAUGAAACACGCGAAAAUGCCCUUUUCUUUGACAUUCUUUUACUUUUUAAGGGUUUCUUUAUUUGAAAUCUCACUUCAGUUCAAUUGAUAAUAUUUGGGUAUAUUUACCAACUAAAAGUUAAAGUUGCGAGCGUUAAAUUUGUGGUCUAUUGAAAAUAUUUAGAUAGCUUAAAGAAAAAUUAGAGAUAACCUGAGGAUCGAUCGAGCUGGUCGAUUUAUCGACAAUUUUUGAAUUUACGCCUUGAGCAAGAUCACUGAACAUUCCCCCAUUUUCAGAGUAAAACUCGACGCCUCCAGCCGCCUCCUUCCGUACACCGAGACCAAACGCGCCGAUGAGUGUCUCAUGGUGCGCUCCGUGCUUUCAGACAUCUUCCAAAUACAUCAGAAAUACUGUCUUCAGGUAAUCUCUUCAUUACAUUACUCAGAUCUUUAGACAAUCGUGACUCGUUGCAUGUGUGAGCGGCUGAAUUUCGAGUACUUUUGUGACAUUGAAUGCUCAAGGCUGGAGCCCACGGGACUCCCGUUGUAUCAGCAGCUACUGUGGGACGAGUUUAAAGGCCGAUUGGCGAGCAACAGUGGUGUAAAUAGGGCUCAAAUGUUUGUAUGUUUACUGCUUUUGGUAUUGAGUUUCUGA